ACGUGAGUACUUUUCGAUAUGGAAAAACAGUAUAAGAAAUGUUUUGUAACUGUCGGUACAACACGCUUUGAUUUACUCGUGAAUACCAUUUUUAAGCCUUCCACAUUGGAGGCUUUGAAACGGAUUGGUUGCAAAGAUAUUAUACUUCAAAUUGGUAAUAGUGAUUUUGAGAUAGGCAAAUACGAGAGGAAUGGAGUUGUGAUAGAUGUUUAUAGGUUGAAAGAUUCAAUCCAAGAAGAUAUACAUAAAGCAGAUCUGAUCAUAAGUCACGCGGGAGCAGGGAGUUGUUUAGAGGCUCUUGAAGCUAAGAAACCGUUAUUAGUGGUUAUAAAUGAGGAUUUAAUGGACAAUCACCAGCUAGAACUAGCAGAGCAACUUCAGAUUGAUGGACACUUGUACUACUGCACUUGUGAUACUUUAGAGAGUACAUUAGAAAUGGUGGAUUUUACUUUGUUGUCACCCUUUCCUGAGCCUGACACAUCAUUAUUUAUGAAAUACCUGGAUGAUGCAUUUAGAGUAAAACAAAAUGUAGAUUAAGGUUAUUUUAAAAAACAUUUGGGCAAACUUUUGUAAAUUUUCAAUAAAUGUACAAUAAUAUUUUAUACUAUCAUAACAGGGAUUUGUUUAUAUUUUGCACAUUAUAUUACUUUUUAUUUGUUAAAGGACUCUUAAUUCAUUUUAAUAUAUUUUUUCUUGCCUAUUUUAUGGGUUAAUUUUUAAUUAAAUUUCUACAUAAUAUCUUUCUU